CUCCCGCAGAAAUCAAUACAAUUACGAGUGCCGUUGAAGAGUAUGAGACAUUGACUUGCCUGAAGUUUGUGCCUCGUACCACAGAAAAGGAUUACCUCUACAUGGCACUAAACCAUGCCCUGGGCUUCUACCAUGAGCAGAUGAGGAGUGAUCGCGACAGUUAUGUUGACAUCAUGUUCCAGUAUAUCUCUCAAGCAUCCUGGGGUAAUUUUAAUAAAGCGGAUACUAAUAACCUAGGCCUUGAGUAUGACUAUGAUUCAGUGAUGCAUUAUGAUGGCUAUGCAUUCUCCAACACAUCAAACCAACCCUCAAUUGUCCCCAAGCCUGAUCCCACUGUGCCCAUUGGACAGAGAAAUGGACUGAGUACUUUGGAUGUCUCUAAAAUUAACCGACUUUAUCAAUGCAAGUAUAGCUGGUCCUGUAGGUACGACUCCCUAACAGUGUUUGUAGAUGGUGCCAAGAUGGGUCCAUACUGCAGUAAUAUCUACGAUUCAGAAUUCACCUCCCAUGGCAAUUCUAUGGUUCUCGUAUUCCACAGUGACUCUAGAAUGGAGACCAAGGGAUUCAUGGCCUCUUACACCUUCU